AUGCCUUGCUAUACGGCUAUCUAUCACCCUGCAGCAAAUGCCCUUGCCAUCUCUAUCCACGAGGGUGCUACAGAUGCCGUUUCCGACAACAGGCCAGAGAACACUUCGCCACAGCCCAAUGCCCAGGGCAAGGUGGAUUAUUUUGCAGAAUCGGAAUCCGACAAGUUAAGUCACUGGAAGAAGAAGCUGGGAGAAACUGUGGUUAGUCUCGUGAGGGAAGACUUUGACCGGCGAGGCAUAGGAAUAUGGCCAAGGUAUGAACAGGCUUUGGUCGUUGAUUUCCCGAAGGAUUACAAGUUGUACGUGCACAAGAGCGGUGACCGCCACGUACCGAGGGGUGACGCGUACCUCUUUGGUUCUCAUUAUGUGCACGUUUUCCGUUCUCCCGAGGAAUUUACUCCGCACCUCAAGUGGCUUAUGCGGGGAAGCCCGAUGAAGGAUGGCAGGCGGGACUGUCACUGCAAGUAUUGUGAUCCGUCGCGCACGCAGACGGAAAUAUCUCGUGAGCUUCACCAUAAAAAGGACGGAGGUGGAGGUCGGAAGGGGGGCGGGAAGCGUAAGGACGGAACUCGGGGCACCAAGAAGUCGCAGUUUCCGAGCGACAUUCCUUUCAAGGACUACACCAAGUUGAAUACAGGCACAGCAUCCUGA